CUGUCAGUACGUGGAGUAAUUAACAAUAAUUACAGUAAUAUUUGUGGGUUGUUUCCUUGUUAGACUUGUAAUUUUUGAACAGGAUUUUAUUUUGUAAUUUUGUUUCUUGCAGUUUAGAAAGUAGAGAAAAAGUCUGAGGAAUGAAAAGAGGUCUUUUACUGACAUGCUAUCGAAACGCUGUGCUUGAAAAGAUGGGGGGCACUUCAGUGCAGGAACAGACAGAUGAUUGUGAACAUGAACAAUUGCGGAUGAUUAAAAAAAAUUUUACCAUCUGCCGAUUGUACAGCCUCUGUGAACAAACAAGGAACUCUUUUGGAAUCCAAAUGGCUCCUCAAAAGCAAUCCAACCCAGAAACAGACCCUGGCACUAUCGCAGGGAAAAAGACAUUUAACAAAAAAGAGUGGCGGCAGAAACAGUACAGUACUAAAUGGAAAGUUCAAAAAUUCGAAGAGGAGAAGAGGAAAGCUGCUAUCCAAAAGUACCAUAAGGAACUGAAGAAAGAAAAAAUUCAAUUACCUCAAUCUAAACCUAACACGAGCAGAAACGAGAAAGAAGAAAGACUCAGCGCAUAUCAGUUGGCACAAAAGGAGUAUGAAAAGGUCAAAGAAGAACAAAAAAAGCAAAGGGAGGCAGCCAUUAAAAGGAAACAAGAAAUGAAAGAAGCCCUCAACAAAUAUAAACAGAAAAAAACUGAAAAAUACAAGAAACUAAGUAAGAAAACUAAAAAAGGACAACCAGUUAUGAAGUAUCGAUUAGAAAUGUUAUUAGAAAAAAUCGAAAAGAAUUACAAAAGCUAACAAAAGUGAAUGUUCUCACAAUUUUUUAAUUUUACCAUAACCUCCAAUGAAGUUUGCGGAAUUCAUUUCUCUUAUCUUCUUAUAUCCAAAAAUGAUUAUUUUUUAUGACUCGCUUCUAUCUCACUUCUGGCAGGGGCUUAGAGUGUAGUCAACUCCAGCUAAAAGAACGCCUGGUAAAAUGGAAGGAAAAAGAAAUAGUCUCUUGUGCAUGAAAAGCCAUGUGAAAAUUCAGUAAGCAGAUGUAAGCAGACAUUUUGAGUAUCUUGAACCUAAAGUCCCUAAAAUUAAGUACCUACAUCAUGUAUGUUGCAUACAUUUCCAGUAGCUUGAACUGAAUUUUCUACUGUAUGAAGAAAUAUUGUAGGUAACAUUCUGGACAUUAUCCUGCCUUUCAAAAAAUUCCAUCUCAUUGACUUAUUUAUGCAUAUCCAGGCCUUGUUUAGCAGAUUACCUACAGGUAAUCUGGAAAAUAAUAUAGUGAAUGUACUCACUUAAAAAAGACAAAGCACCACUUGCUAGCCAACCCGAUUGAAAUGAAACUUUUUCUGAUCAGUUGGAGUUACGCAUGUUUCUAUUAACUGUUUUCUUUUUAUUUUCAUCGGCAAGAAUUCAUGUUACUUUACAAGCCAAUAAUUCAUGUAACUGUCAAUAGUAAUUUUUUUUUUUUUUUUAUAAGUACAUCAUUACUUGGUUUCCAGUUUUCAAGGAGACAACACGGCAAGUGAUAUUUUUCAGUACCUAUAGGGAUCUAAGUGCACUGUUUUCUUUCUAUGUGUAAUGUUCUUUGUUAUGAUUGGAGCAUCGCAAUAAAAUACCUCAGUGAACAACUCA